CAGCUGCUUUCAUUCUCCAGCGCUCGAGACGCAACACCGGAGAGGGGAGCUCGCGCGUCUUGAUCCAGGGUUAUCAUCUGUGAUGGACUUGAUUUAAGGCAGAAACACGCCGGUUUCCUCUGAGUAUGACCACUUAGGCGUAAGUUCGGCUACAAGUGCAGUUCUGCGGCUCAUAAAGUGCUCUGAUGAUCUUAAGCACCGGUUUUUUAAUGUGUUUUAUGUGUUUGCGCUCAACAGUGAGGUAAAAUAAUUCGGGCAUUUUUUAUUUUUUUUUUUAUCCAAGAGUGUCAGCGUGUCUUUUAUCCCGUGGAUGCUGCUGUCGGGGUCGGUGUCUGAGCCCUGCAGGACCAGCCUGUCAUAGGGCACAAUGUUUUUUUUGGUUCUUCACAAGUGGAUGAGGAAUAUUUCCCCGGAGAUGCUGCUGUUGGUGCAGAUAUUGUGGUUUUUACCUCUGACCGGAGCGGCUCCUUCUCCGACUACCGAGCAGCUGGACACAGGGGUGGACUGGCUGAGCAAGUUUGGCUACCUCCCGCCCCCCGACCCUGCGACUGGUCAGCUUCAAACCAAAGAGGCCCUGACCAACGCCAUCAAAGCCAUGCAGAAGUUUGGAGGGCUGAAGGAGACCGGGGUCUUCGACCAAGCCACACUUGGUCUCAUGAAAACACCCAGAUGUUCUCUGCCAGAUGUGUCUGAAGGAGAGGGGACGAUGGGCCGCAGGAAACGAGGCUUGAACCCUCAGAACAAGUGGAAUAAGAGGCAUCUGUCCUGGAGAGUGCGGACCUUCCCUAAGGAUUCAGCCUUACUGGGUAGGGACACUGUUCGAGCCCUGAUGUACUACGCUUUGAAGGUCUGGAGCGACAUCGCACCACUUAACUUCCACGAGGUGGCAGGAAGUGACGCCGACAUUCAAAUCGACUUCACAAAGGCCGACCACGAUGAUGGAUAUCCCUUUGAUGGGCCGGGGGGCACCGUGGCACACGCAUUUUUCCCCGGAGAGAGGUUCACAGCUGGGGAUACGCACUUUGAUGAUGACGAGGCCUGGACCUUCAGAUCUCCAGACUCUCAUGGGAUGGAUCUGUUUGCGGUUGCGGUCCAUGAGUUCGGUCAUGCCAUCGGCCUGGUCCACACCUCGGCCAUGGAGUCCAUCAUGAGGCCGUACUACCAGGGUCCCGUGGGAGACCCUCUGAAGUACGACCUACCCUAUGAAGACAAGGUCCGAGUCUGGCAGCUCUACGGUGUCAGAGACUCCGUGUCCCACACAAAUCGCCCCGGCAUCCCCUCCCAGACGGCUGAACCUCCUGUCCUGCUGGACCUUCCUGAAAACAGGUCCACUCUCCUGCUGGCUCGGGAUGCCCCCGACAGAUGCACCAGUCACUUUGAUGCAGUGGCCCAAAUAAGAGGGGAGGCCUUCUUUUUCAAAGGGAAGUAUUUCUGGCGACUUACCAGAGAGAGGCAUCUGGUGUCUCUGCGUCCCGCUCAGAUCCAUCGCUUCUGGAGGGGUCUCCCACCCAACCUGGACAGCGUGGACGCUGUGUAUGAGAGGCCAGGGGACCACAAAAUAGUAUUUUUCAAAGGUCUGAAGUACUGGGUAUUCAAAGACAAUAAUGUAGAGGAGGGUUACCCUCGUCCAAUCAGUGACUUCGGCCUCCCCUCGGACGGUGUGGACGCAGCUUUUGUUUGGCUCCACAACGACAAAACCUACUUCUUCAAGGACAACCAGUACUGGCGCUACGACGACCACCUGAGGCGUAUGGAUCUGGGAUAUCCUAAAGACAGCACGCUGUGGAAGGGGUUGCCAACGCACCUUGAUGACGCCAUGAGGUGGUCUGAUGGCUCGUCCUACUUCUUCAAGGGGAAGGAGUACUGGCGAGUGCCGGGCAGCGACAUGGAGGUGGAGGCAGGAUUCCCCCGCCUCAUCGCCAAAGACUGGCUCCUGUGCACGGAGAUGCAGUCGGACUCUCCGGACGCAGAGCCCAAAAGUACGGAGACAAGAGGCAACGCGCACCAACACCCGGACCACGCAGAGAACGGGUACGAGGUGUGCUCCUGCACCUCGGACACUGCCUCGCCUUUAGGUGCCCGCCCCUCCCCCUCUCCCCUGUGGCUGCUGCCACCUCUCUGGACGCUCUCGCUGGCCCUCCGCUCUGAACUGCUAUGAUGCCAAAGCAGGGGACAAAGCGGCAGUUUAAUGUGGGGGGGGGGGGCCAGUGGACUCAGUCUAAAUACAAACUGGAACAUUUUGUUCAUAUAAAUAUGAAUUGAUUUUGUUAUGAUUUUGUUGUUAUUUAUUUCACAUGCCAUUUGAUGGUCAUUUAAAGCGCCUUGCAGUAUGGGUAAUACAUGCAUAUAUACAUUAUCAUAAUAUACAAGGGAACAUGUAGUAACCAGUCCACUGACUGAGUGAUAAUGCUAACAACGUGCUUUAUAAAUUGCAUUAAACAGAACCACAAGUUCUAUCUCUUAGUUUCUUCUUGAAUGGCUAAACUGACUCAUGUUUGCAAGGGAAGCCUUUUUUGAAAUGUGACUGUUUAGAAAUGUGUUCUCAUCAAAUACACGUGAGUGAUUCAUCCGCACCCCUAAUCUUUUCUUUUUCCAUGUACAGAAAGUUGACAGCAAUAAUGAAUGGCAUUGUGGGAUGUAUGAAGGUGAACAGCAGCAGAAGAAUGGCCUCCUGAGAUUUUCUUAUUUUGCAGGUUGAUUUAUUCAUCUGCAGUUGGGUUUAAACAUUUAGGGAAAUGAAACACAUUUCAGAAAUAUUCUCAUGUCUGUCGAGGCAACAGGUAUCAGCUGAUAAGCUUAGCUUUGCUCAGUAACUGUAACCUUUCAAUCACAAUAUAAUUAAAUAUUUACUUUAUAUUUACUUUAUAUUGUCAGAAUACUUUAGAAUACCCUUUUUGUCCUUGCACUAAUGUACAAGCAAAUUCCAGUUCGUCUCCAGCAGUGGAUGGUUAAACAAAUCAAGAUAACAAAGAAAUAUAUAUUAACACUCUAAAAAUGAAAAAAAAUAUAUAGUAAAAAGUAUUCAGUAAAAUUCAUGAAAUCUGAAUCUGAAAAAUGAUAAUCACUGUCCUGGUUCUUCACAGAGCUCAUUUCCUUGAAUUCACAUCGGACAGGUUAGAUGUUUCCAACUGUGUCCAUUUCUUAUGCUAAGCUAAGCUAACGUGGCCCUGGCUAUAGCCUUAUAUUUACCACACAUAUAUUAGAAAAGUUUGGAUCUUCUCAUUUAACCCUCCCCAAGAAACAAAUAGUAAACUUUCCAAAAUGUAGAGACAGCGAUAUAACAAGUACCUGACACGUUAAACAUCCAGCAGGGCUGCUGAACUGCCUUUAACCUUUCUCCU